AUGGCCAGCGCUGAAACAUCCACAACGGACGAUAACAUAACGAUAAACACGUACCAUGAUCCAAAAGAAUCAUCAUCAUCAUCAUCACCAAAUCAAUUUGCCAACGAAACAACCCCUGAUCAAAAGCCCCGUACCCUAUUCGAUACGAUACGUCUCGUCAUUUUAUUCAUUGGCGUGAUCUUGUCAAUGUUUGUCAUGUCUCUUAAUUCAACUGUGGUUGCUCCGGCAAUGACCAUCAUCGCUGCUGAAUUAGACGCGUUAUCGAAUCAAACAUGGAUCGCAACAGCCUAUCUACUAGCUGUGAAUGCAUUUCAGCCAAUUAGUGGCAAGCUCUCCGACAUUUUUGGAAGGAAGCCCGUUUUGCUUUUUGGUCUCUCUUUCUUCGUUCUUGGCUCCCUCAUCAAUGCAUUGACUCCCACUGUUUCAGGGUUAAUUGCAGGCCGAACCAUUCAGGGCGCUGGAGCUGGUUUUAUCAUGUCAUUAGUUUUUGUUAUCAUUACUGACAUUGCUCCUGUCGAUUGGCGACCACGUUUACAAUCGGUGCUCGUCAUUGUAUACGGUCUUGCAAGCGUCGUUGGUCCAUUGCUUGGUGGUGCAUUUGUGGAUUAUCUCACAUGGCGAUGGGAUUUCUGGAUCAAUGUGAUCUUGGGAGGCGUUGCUCUUGUCAUCAUUGCCGUGUUGUUCAAGGAAACUAGCACAACGAGCACUGGCACAUUCCGAAGCAAGCUCAAGCGUGUGGAUUUUAUUGGAUGCACUCUUUCGAUUGGGUUCAUUGUUUGCCUUUUAUUGGCAUUGAAUUGGGGUCCCUUGUAUGGCUGGGGUGAUGCACACAGCAUAGCAACAUUUGUUGUAGCAGGCGUUUUACUCGUUCUACUUAUCAUUGCUGAAUUCUGGUUUGUCAAGGAACCGAUCCUCCCCGCCGAAGUGCUACUCAAUCCAAAUAUUUUUGUCAUUUAUCUCUACAUGGCAUGCCUUGGUCUUACAUUCAUUGGUACUUUGUAUUUCGGCCCAAUCCUUUACCAAUCUGUUUUCGGUGCAUCAUCCAGCGAGAGUGGUAUUCGAUUGAUCCCAUUUAUGGCCUGUUUGAUCGCGGGUUCAAUUGCGAGUGGGCUUUUACUCAAGUCCUUCCCUUAUGUCAAGCUAUAUAUCUUGAUUGGAGCAGCGAGCAAUCUUAUCGGAUACGGCUUGUUCUUUACAGUGGAUGAAACUGCCAAUUGGGGCCGACAGGCCGGUUUCUUGACAUUUUGUGGUCUUGCAUUUGGUUUAUCACAACAAAAUUGUAUUUUGGGAGUACAAACGGCAGCUAGCAAGGAGUACAUGGCAGUGGCAACCAGUCUUAAUAAUUUCGUGAUGCUUUUGGCCAGCAGUAUCGGUGUGGCGCUGUAUCAAACAUUGUUUUCAACAUUCCUCCAGGCACAGCUCAAAGGUCUUUCACCCGCCAUCCUGCAACAGGCAGCAAAGUAUGGAGCACUGAGCAACUAUCUCUAUAUUCGUGAUAUGCCACAAGAGUUUCAAGGACCCAUUAUCCAUGCUUAUAUGGAAGCCCUUCACAAUGUCUUUAUUGUUCCUCUGGUUGCCGGUGGUGUAGGCUUUAUUUGCGCCCUCUUUGUUCGAAACAUCAAAUAUGGACAAGGUACAUCAUCCGCCAACAACAAAGAACGUGAUUUGGAGAAGGUGGAACUUCAGCAGCAACAGCAAUAA